GAUCUAAAUCAACGCAAGGGCCACUGGGUAGAACAUUUGUAAUUCAAAGUCUCGUAUAUUUCGCAAUGGUGUCCAGUCUAAAUCUCAUCACUGGAGCAUUUUACCUCACCAAUAAUACGGACUUGGAAGGACAUGGACUUACUUUCGCCUUGAAUUUAUCAGAUGUUUUUGUAUGCCGACUUAUUCUCAGUCUCCGACGUCAAGUAACUCCAACCGAGUCAACUCAGCUCGAAGAACAAUCUAGGAUUGUUCGAGAGGCCCUAGAUGCUCUGGAUACACCGAACGAGGUCUGAAUAAGCCAAACCCACUUAAAAGCUUCACGAAAUAUUUAUGCUGCCCACGGUAAGGUAGUUAUUCAUCUCGUCAUGGCUUCUAUCAAGCUGCUUUUCGUCAGUAGAUACAUUCUGCGAGCGACAUUUUCGACCUGUGCCGCCUGGAUAAGUAAGAUUAAUAAUAGAUAGUAUUUCGGGCAUUUUAAAAGGGGCUAUUAUAGAUGAAUGUCGUUGGAU